UUCUCACUGUCGUAUAUAACGCCCCGACAGUGAGAAUGUUUACAAUAAAACUUUUUUUGACAGGAAGUUUCAAUUUCAAAUUAAACGGAAAAAUAGCCUAACUUUCAUUUGCGUUUCGCAGCACUUGUAAACUCAUUCGGAUCCAGCAAAUCGACAUUGAAAUUGUAUAGUGCUGUUGGCGACGACAGAUCUCUACUGUUCGAAAAAUUUAAAAAUUCGUUUGUUUGUCGUCUGUAUUGUUUGGUAUGAAGUAACACAAAGGAAGCAGACCUGUCUGUAGUUAGUCAACGAGAAGCGAACUUCAUCAGGUAUUGAUGUUCUUGUUUUGAAAGCAAGCAAACAAACUUUUAUAUUAUGAAUUCAGGCAUAAUCGCUCUCUAACCACGAGCAAACAAAAGAAAUUCUAUCGAUACUGCGAGCAGUAGUUGUCAAAAAGUCCGUGCAAUAUUCGGCCAUGUCUAGAGGCGGUGGAGUUGGUGGACCCGCCACUCUUAGUUCCUUCAGAGUGCAAAAAGCUUUUAGUAUCAAUUUUAGGGAAAAUAAAAGACUUCGAGCAACGAUAAGACUGAUUGAAGGUGAGCAUAUGAGAGCGAUUCGUCAAGUUAAACAAGAAAUUACAGAAACAAAGCUAUGGCUAAAAGGAGUACAGGAGAAUACUGGCUAUAGUCAGCAUGGUAUUCCUAAUACCGAAAGACAUUUCAUGUUUUCGCCUACGGCAUCAAGGAGAAUGAGUUUACCCGCGUCUGUUGCAUCAAAUGAAAGAGGAUCGCCAAGACCAGCGACCAGAGCAAGAACCAGCCAACCAGACAUCAUGUACGGCCAACCUAUAGAAGAAGAUAAUGAACCUGGUGGACCCGAUGCUUCUCCUCCACAUGUUAGAUUUGCUUGGACGGAACAAGGACCACGACGAGGUUCACGCGAUCCGAUGUCCACUUCAGUUGCACCUCAACCCCCAGCCACCGCAGGUCCGGAGACUGGAGUAAUACAAUUACCUGAGCCACGACCAUUUAGCAGGAGGCAAAGUUUUCUUCCAAAGGAAGAUCGUGGUCAACCUUUAGUAGUUCCGGAAACAGUCGCAGAAGAGGAAAAGAAAGAAACUGCUAGUCUUUACGGUGGAGCCAUGGAGGCAAAGCCCAGAAUCCACAGUGCCACAAGCAUGAGGAGUAAUCAAUCCCUCAAUGCCUACCAGAGGAGACAUAUGCUUCAAUCCAUGGUUGUUAAAAAGCAAUCAUCACUUGAGGGCAAAAAAGACAUUCAUAAGAAAGAGUGCGUUCGUGUAAAUUCAAAAGUUUUAGACUAUUUGAACAAUUUAUCAGAAAAGAUGAAGAUUACUCUGCCCGAUGUAUCACUGUUUGAUCAUGACCCAGAAAAACACAACACACCAUUUGCAAAAGAUGUGAAUAUAACAGCAUGAUUUUGGAGAUAUUAUAGGCUGCCAUUCUAACAGUAUUGUAUUUAUAUUAAAUGCAAAAUGGAAGACUGCCUAAAUGACUUUUCCCUAAAGUGCAUUGCUCGAGGUCCCUGAAAUAUAUGAUGUGAAAUUGAACUAUUGACAUAUGCAUGACAUCACUGCUUCAUUGAGAACAUAUCAUUAUUCAGCAUACAAAGUGCUUAAUUAUGCUUCGAUUAUUUGGAUUCCCAACGCUUUAUUGAUCGGAUUCCAUUUAUCACCCCAUAUUGAUUUCAUUUAAAAAGACAAAAGUACGCGCAAUUGUUUUUCACUUCCUAUUCCACCAAACAUCGAUCAUUUUACAUUCAGCUUCCAAUCUGAAAAAUUGGCUUAAAUGAUACCCUAAUGAAUUCUAUGGGACGCACUGGGACAUAGGCCAUGGGAUUUAGAGUCUUGCGAGCAAAAUAAUAUGCGUCGUAACUGAGAAUCAAUGACAAUGCCCUCAAUGCUAAUACUCUAAAAGUCUACACUUUGAACAAUCAUUUAUCAUUGUGUUCGUAUAGUCACUAAAUUUUAAUAUCCCCAGUUGAUUUUACUUUUUCCAAUAACGACAGCGUAGUGUAUUGGAGCGCAAUCAAUUAUCUUAAAUGGAAUGACGAUACGAAAUCUGUUGCAAAUUAUUUAUAUAGGUCAUUAUCAGCGUGUGAUCAUGUAUCAAUAUAUAUUACUAAAACUAACUCUUUUACCCUUAUAUAUGGCUGUGCCAAGUUUGUCACACACGAGAACCAGUUGUGAUUCAUUACUUCUGGAGCAAUACCUUUUCUUUUACAAUGCGAUAUGUGAUUAUGCUUUAGCUAUGUUUUACAUUUUUACAUGGCAUACAUAUACGUUAAGUUUGUAUGUAAAGUGUGUAACUAAGACUUAACUUAUUUUUAUUUAUUUUUUCGAGUGAGCAUUUGCAGACGAUAACUGCCUCUCUCCGGCUUGACCACAGCGUCUAUGACUAUAAUAGAUUCUCUCUGCAUAUCUUACACUGUUUAUUUAUUUAUUUGAAUAAAAUAUUUACAUAUCUA